AUGAACACUUUAGACAAUCAGUAUUUCUACUGUGAGAUACGAGGUCAGAUUGGAAUCCAAAUAGGAAGUCAGUUUUCUGGGGGUCUUCUACGGAAACAAAAUGCUUCUAUCAGAAUUGCAGCUAACUUGAACUUCAUCCCAUCACUGCUGACAAAUGUAGCAAUAACACCUGCUAAUCCCGCUCACAAUGGCCGUGUGUGCAGCACGUGGGGCAGCUUCCACUUCAAGACCUUCGACGGAGACAUAUUCACCUUCCCCGGGCUCUGUAAUUAUGUUUUUGCCUCCCACUGCAACGCCCCCUAUGAGGACUUCAACAUCCAGAUUAGGCGUGAGGUGGUGGCCGACGCCCCGACCAUCAAGCGCAUCACCAUGAAGCUGGAAGGCGUCGUUGCAGAGCUGACAAAGGGCGCUGUCAUGGUCGACGGCAACAGAGUUCAGCUGCCAUACAGUCAAUCUGGUAUUACGAUAGAGAAGAGCAGCAUUUAUGUGAAAGUUGGCAGCAAAAUCGGAGUUGUAUUAUUGUGGAAUGAAAAGGACAGCAUUCUGCUGGAAUUGAGUGAGAAGUAUGCCAAUCAGACUUGUGGACUUUGUGGUGACUUCAAUGGCUUUCCCAUAUACAAUGAGUUCGUUUCAAACAAUGUUAAGAUGACAGCCUUGCAGUUUGGGAACAUGCAGAAAAUGGAUGGGCCAACAGAACACUGUGAAGACUCCACUUCUAUCCCGACAUAUAACUGCCCUGAUAAUCUUGAUGACAUAUGCGAGAAAACAUUGACCAGCUCUGCAUUUGCAGAGUGUAAUGACCUAGUUGAUGUUAAAGAUUACAUUAAGGCUUGCCAAGAUGACUUGUGCCGUUCUGCAGACUCCAAAAACAGCUCAUGCAUCUGUGACACCAUUGCUGAGUACUCCCGGCAGUGUGCUCAUGCUGGUGGGCAGCCCCUGGACUGGAGAACUUCAAAACUGUGCCCCAAGAAGUGUCCUUACAACAUGCAGUACCAGGAGUGCAACUCCCCCUGUGCUGAUACAUGCACGAAUCCUGAACGGUCUCUGUUUUGUGAAGAACACUGUAUUGAUGGCUGUUUCUGCCCCCCAGGGACUGUAUUCGAUGACAUCAACAAUUCUGGCUGCAUUCCCCAGCAGGAGUGCUCCUGUAUUUACAAUGGCAAAACCUAUGCUACAGGAUCUUCUUUUUCAGAGCCAUGCCAGACCUGUACCUGUAAUGGAGGCCAGUGGAGCUGCCAAGACAAGUCAUGCCCAGGAACUUGCUCUGUAGUGGGAGGCUCCCACAUUUCCACAUAUGAUAAGAAGCACUAUGAUCACCACGGAGACUGCACCUACGUCCUCUCUAAGGACUGUAAAGAUGAAAAAUUUACCAUCCUGGCAGAACUACGCAAGUGUGGCCUAACCGACACUGAGACCUGCUUAAAGUCAGUGACCCUCAACAUGAACAGAGGACAAACUAUCGUCGAGGUCAAACCUGAUGGUGGUGUAUUUGUGAACUCCAUCUACACCCAGCUGCCCAUGUCAGCAGCUAAUGUCACCAUGUUCAGACCUUCCUCAUUCUUCAUGAUCAUGGACACAAGCUUUGGCAUGCAGGUUGAAAUGCAGUUCACACCCAUGAUGCAAGUGUUUGUUCGUCUGGAUGCUUCUUUCAAAAACCAGACCUGUGGUCUCUGUGGAAAUUUCAAUAACAUCCAAACUGAUGACUUCAAGGUCAUAAGUGGAAUAAUUGAAGGGACAGCAUCAGCAUUUGCUAAUACAUGGAAAACUCAGGCUUCAUGCCCUAAUAUCCAGCAGAGUUUUGAGAAUCCUUGUGCACUCAGCAUUGAAAAUGAAAAAUACGCUCAGCAUUGGUGUGGACUUCUCACUGACAGCACAGGACCAUUUGCUGCUUGUCACUAUGCAGUGAAUCCCGCUGUUUACCACACGAACUGCAUGUUUGACACAUGUAACUGUGAAAAUAGUGAGGACUGUCUGUGUGCAGCCCUGUCUGCCUAUGUGAGAGCUUGUGCUGCAAAAGGGAUCCAGCUGCAGGGGUGGAGGACUGAUGUCUGCUCAAAAUACACCACCUCAUGUCCCAAAUCCCUGAGCUACAGCUAUACCAUCUCCUCCUGUCAACCCACCUGCCGCUCUCUGAGCGAGCCUGAUGUCACAUGCAACAUUAAGUUUGUCCCAGUCGAUGGCUGCACCUGCGUAAAUGGAACCUACAUGGACGACAGUGGCAAAUGUGUGCCUGCUAAUGAAUGCCCCUGCUACUACAGAGGAUCUGCUAUACCAUUUGGAGAAGUGGUCCAUGAAAAUGGGCGUGUAUGCACUUGUGUCCAGGGAAUACUGAAUUGCAUUGGAGCACCAAAUCCAACUCCAGUCUGUGAAGCUCCCAUGGUCUACUUUGACUGUAAAAACAACACAGCAGGAGCAACUGGAACAGAAUGUCAGAAAAGUUGCCAGACUCUGGAUAUGCAGUGUUAUAGCUCACAAUGUACAUCUGGCUGUGUGUGCCCAGAUGGGCUUGUGUUAGAUGGGAAUGGUGGUUGUAUUGCUGAAGAGGAAUGUCCAUGUAUUCACAAUGAAGCCAUGUAUCAGCCUGGGGAAAAGAUCAACUUUGACUGUAACACCUGUGUAUGCAAGAAUAGGAAGUGGGAAUGUACCAAAGAUCAGUGUCUGGGCACUUGUGCUGUUUAUGGAGAUGGUCAUUAUAACACCUUUGAUGACAAAAGGUUCAGCUUCAAUGGAAACUGUGAAUACACAUUAGUCCAGGACCACUGUGGGAAAAGUGGCACAGUCAACGGGACCUUCAGGGUUGUCACUGAAAAUAUUCCCUGCGGCAACACUGGGACAACUUGCUCAAAAUCUAUCAAAGUUUUCUUAGAGAGCUAUGAACUGAUCCUUGGUGAGGAGCGUGUCAGUGUUGUGAAGAGAGGACAGAAUGAUGAGGUGCCAUACACAGUCCGCUACAUGGGGAUGUACCUGGUAGUUGAGACCAAAAGCGGCCUGAUCCUCAUGUGGGACAAGAAAACCAGCAUGUUCAUUAAGCUCAGCCCUGGUUUCAAGGGCCAGGUGUGCGGUCUUUGUGGAAAUUAUGAUGGCAACAGCAUCAAUGACUUUACUACAAGGAGUCAGUCUGUAGUAGAGAAUGUCCUAGAGUUUGGAAACAGCUGGAAAGUAUCCUCUACAUGCCCUGAUGCUUCCAGUGUCAAGGACCCAUGUUCUACCAACCCUUAUCGGAAGUCCUGGUCAGAGAAGCAGUGUAGCAUCAUCAACAGCAAUGUUUUUGCUGCCUGUCACUCUCAGGUAUUACCAGGGCAGAAGUUUACUGUGUGAAAACUAAGUCUGUGGGUUGUUGAAGGUGCUAUUCUCA